AUGUUUAAAGAAAGGGAUAAUGCUGUCAGCAUGUCUGCGCACUCCAUGCUUUGUGAACGAAUUGCCAUAGCCAAGGAACUGAUCAAGAGAGCAGAAUCCCUUUCUAGAUCAAGAAAAGGCGGUGUUGAAGGUGGUGCCAAGCUGUGCAGCAAAUUGAAGGCUGAAUUGAAAUUUUUACAGAAAGUAGAAGCUGGGAAAGUAGCUAUUAAGGAAUCCCAUUUACAGAGCACUAAUUUAACACACCUGAGAGCCAUAGUGGAAUCCGCAGAAAACCUGGAGGAAGUUGUUAGCGUUCUUCAUGUGUUUGGUUACACAGAUACGUUGGGAGAAAAGCAGACCCUUGUGGUGGACGUUGUUGCAAAUGGUGGUCAUACUUGGGUGAAAGCCAUUGGCCGAAAGGCUGAAGCUUUGCAUAAUAUUUGGCUGGGCCGGGGACAGUAUGGUGACAAAAGCAUCAUUGAGCAAGCUGAAGACUUCCUUCAGGCCAGCCACCAGCAGCCAGUGCAGUAUAGCAACCCUCACAUCAUCUUUGCAUUUUACAACGGUGUCUCCAGCCCCAUGGCAGAGAAGCUGAAAGAAAUGGGCAUAUCUGUGAGAGGUGACAUAGUGGCGGUUAACUCUCUGUUCGAUCACCCCGAAGACCUCCCACUGAGUGAGAGCGAAUCAGAUGAAGAGGGCUCUGAACGUUUCCAGGUGACCAGAGUAGACCGGGAAAAUAUACUGGCAAGUGUUGCGUUUCCAACAGAGAUUAAGGUUGAUGUGUGCAAAAGAGUAAAUCUGGACAUUACUACUUUGAUCACAUAUGUGUCUGCCCUCAGCUAUGGAGGUUGCCACUUUGUCUUUAAAGAAAAAGUACUAACAGAACAAGCAGAGCAAGAGAGGAAAGAGCAGGUUCUACCGCAGCUGGAGGCAUUUAUGAAGGACAAGGAACUGUUUGCUUGUGAAUCUGCUGUCAAGGAUUUUCAGUCUAUUCUAGAUGCUUUAGGAGGACCUGGGGAGAGAGAGAGGGCCACUCUGCUAAUUAAGCGAAUUAAUGUGGUGCCAGACCAGCCUUCUGAACGUGCCUUGCGACUAGUGGCCAGUUCAAAAAUCAAUAGCCGUUCAUUAACGAUUUUUGGGACAGGAGACACCCUAAAAGCCAUCACAAUGACUGCCAAUAGUGGUUUUGUCAGAGCUGCCAACAACCAGGGUGUUAAAUUUAGUGUGUUUAUCCAUCAACCCAGAGCACUUACUGAGAGCAAAGAACCUCUAGCCACUCCCUUACCAAGAGAUUACAGAACUGACACUGAAUAUUGUGAUAUUCUUUAA